AUGGCGUAUGACUGCUACGCUGCCAUCUGUGACCCAUUGUGUUACAUGGAGCCCAUGAGCAAAGGGAUCCGUGUUCUGCUGGUGAGUGGUGCAUGGGUAAUAGGCUUCAUAAAUGCCCAGCGUAAUACAGAUUUCGCUCUCAGGUUGCCCAUCUGUGGCCUCAAUCAGAUCAGCCAUUUCAGCUGUGAGCUCCCUCCCCUGUUGCAUCUGUCCUGCACUGAUACCUUCACUAAUCAAGUGGUGCUUCUCACUUCUGCUGUGAUGCUUGGAUCUAGUUCCUUCCUCUUCACCCUGAUCUCCUAUAUUCACAUCAUCGCCACUAUUCUGAGGAUACAAUCGGCGCAAGGCAGGCGUAAAGCCUUCUCCACCUGCAGCUCCCACUUGAUUGUGGUUGGUUUAUGGUACCUGACAGGUUCUUUCCAGUACACAAAACCCAGCUCAGUCUCCUCUGUGGCUCUGGAUGAAAUGUUCUCCGUUCAGUAUAACAUCUUGACUCCAAUGUUAAACCCCAUCAUCUACAGCUUGAAAAAGGAGGAGGUGAAAAGAGUACUAGGGAAAAUAUUGGGGACAUGGAAGUUUCUCAAGUAG